AGAGGCCUGAACACAUUUGUAAUGUCACCUUAGAGGUUGCACAGAGGAGGAUGAAAGAAAAUUACACUUUGCAUUAGUACACCAAUAUUGAACAGACUUAUAAGAAACAAUGCAGCACAGCAAUUUAAGCUAAGCACAUUAUUAAGCAUCAUGAAAUAAUAAAAUUACCACUUUAGUUUAGGGCUGCAGUUGCCAUGUAGAACGCUGAAGUCAUGUCCUUAACUGUUCAUUGGUUUAUGUUUUGUUGUCUGGUUGCAGUUUUACUUUAACUUCAUUUUUAAGUGAGUACUAAAAGAUCUUGAUCCUACUACUUUUAAGCAAACAAUAAAUAACGUAUUUCCUCGCCAGCAUUUUACUGUAGACAAGAGAUGAGGCUUCUAAAACCAUUGUAUAAGAAGUAGUUUUAGUUUAUUGAGCUCACUUGGAAUAUUUUUGGUGUUCAUUUUUUAUCAAAAUUAUGGAAAGCAACGCUAUAAGUAAAAGAAUUGUGAUUUAUUUUUUAUUUUUUAAUAAAUAAAGACUUCUUUUUUUUUCAGUGAACAAGACACCAAUACACCGACUGUAUUUAAGUUUGGUUAUUUCAGAAUGACACUGAAUGCAUCACGUUGCCAUAACACCUGAUUGAAGCAUUUGUAACCCGGAUGUAAAGAUAUCACUUCCGGGUCGUACAUCACAUGUAACUCCUGUGUGAAUUCAAACAGUUGUCCACCGGCCAUCAUCAUUGAACAUUAACUGUGUGACCAAAAAAAGUGCCAGGCGAGUGCAUUCUGUGUUAAAUGUACCGGUAUGCUCCAGCAUUUACGUAAUGUAGCCAUGUAGCCUUAAUACCGUGAACUAGUGACGGUAUGCGACCAACGCUCAACAGGCAGAUGAUGAAGGCACCUCUCACUGAGCUCGUGUUUUUGUGUUCAACAGAAACAGUUAACUCUAUUUUUGCUUCAAGUGUGAUUGCUUGCUCGAUUAAUGCCUAGCUAACAGUUUAUUUGACAUUAGCAUUUAGGGUUCACUUGGACUUUACUCAUGAGGAGUCAUCACUUCAAUAGACAAUCUUUGGCUUUACUUCUCUCAAGCUUUUCGUCAUGUUAUCUUGCUGUGUCAGAAACGUCCUAUGCACAUUAAAACCCCCACCAUGCAUUGCAACACUGGCUCUGCAACACUCCAGGAGACACUGCAGUACGUCAUCAUGUGAGGACUUGGAUCAGGUCAGCACUUUGCUGCAGCUCUGUGUGGACAGACACUAUGUCUCACCAGGUCAGACUAACACCGAGCUGUUCCAGCGGGGCAUGAGCUGCGUCUAUGGGCCUCUGGGCACGGAGCUGAGGAGAAACCUGCUGGAGCAGUGGUGGCACUCUGUGACCAGCUCCUCGGCUCAGGUGUUUGGGAUAAACACCAUGAGCAGCAGCAAGGACGCAGCAGCAGAUGGACGGGGGCAGCUGAGGAUUGUUGAGUCUGACUAUUUGAAACACAUUCUUGAACAGCAAGAACUGAGCAAGGAGCAGCUCGUCCAGGAGGUACAGGCGCUCAUUCAGAGGUCCCCCUCUCUGAGGACAGACUUUCUACAAGGUGCGUUGGAGCAAAUUGUCCCCUCGAUGGAGCUGGUGAACAGGAAGCUACCCUUUGGCCUGGCUGAGACUGGUCUGUGUUUCCAGCCCUCGGAUGGCUCUGGUUGCCCAGCUGAGGUGACCCAGACGUCUCUGGUGUGGUUCUGCUCUCCUCGGACCUCUUCCCACUGGCUGGAUCACUGGGCGAGACAGAGACUGAAGUGGUGGAGGAAAUUCGCCCGGUCUCCAUCAGACUUCAGCAGUAGUGACGUCCCAGUGGAGGAACUCCAGGGGGCGGCGUCUCGCGGUGUGAGGAUCAGCUACAGCUUCCCGUGGGGACAGGAGCCCCUGGAGACGCUGUGGAGCAGAGGACACGCCGAGCUGCUGCAGACACACAAAGGAGUCCGUUCCAAACUACAGUUUCGAGAUGGUCGUAAGUCGGUUCCUCAUGUCGUCUCGGUAAGCGGGAACAUGGACCGCGGUGUGAAGGCCUUUCUGUCCAACUCACUCCAGCAGCUCAAGAAACAAGACAGCAAGCAGAAGCUGCUGAGGAGAAAGGUCCUGAAGCUGCACCCAGUGUUGGCUCCGGUCAAAGUGGCUUUAGACAUCGGCAGGGGAGCCACUAUGGAGCUGAGGCGGGUUUGUGAAGGGCUGCUGCAGGAGUUUAUGGAGGCUAAGAUCCCUGCGUGGCCUGGGUAUCUCGACACUCUGCCAACGUCAAUGGAGCAGCUGAACACAAAGUAUGACGAGAUGGGAGUGCUGUUCACUGUGGUGAUCAGUGAGAACACGCUGGAGAGCGGCCUCCUCCAAGUCCGCAGCAGAGACACCACCAUCAGAGAGACCAAGCACAUCUCUGAGAUCAAGAACUUUCUCUCCAGAUACAUUUCUGCUGCCGACAACAUCUGAGUGGACUUUUUGUUUUGGCAACUAAAAGGAAAAGUCUAAAUAUUGUGCUGCAUCCUUUCCUGGUGAGGAAUAUUUCUUCAGAGCGGAGCAUUUAAUGGAAAUUAGUCUUUUCCAGAAUUACUUUUGGCUCAGUGUGACCUCAGUGUGUUUAGGUGAAUUUCGCUGAUUGGUGGUAAUUCUGUACCUCGUUUUUUAAAAGGCUAAGAAACUUUUUUUGUGACAUUUGAAAAAGAAGAUUUGUGUAAUUUCAUGUGGACUUACCCAAGGUGCAUGUACCCCCAGUUUUUUAUUGGGUAUGACUUGAGGACUUCCACUCACCCUACGGUCUCCCUCAGUACUUCCAAGGCAAAGAUGUGGCUCAGUGCAUGUCUCACUGUCUGAAUUCAACAGGGUGGUAUUUACAUGAUUGGAGGAGGAUUGGGAUCAGUGUUUGCUCAGGUUUCUGUCUCGCUCUGUAUUAAAGUACACAGUGUCUCUUAAAUAUCAGAUUUCUUUGUUUGUCGGUUUGUUAUUGUCCUUGUGCUCCCUGUUAGUUGUCGUACAUUAGUUUAUUAU